AAUGGACGCACUGUUUUGGAACUUUAUUUGAGCAAGAAAAAUUUUCAUGUGGGGUUCACAAAAGUUAUUGAAGUGCUAUUGAAAAACGGUGCAGAUCCAAAUGUUAGUGCUAAUGUUAGGACUACUAAUAUUAACAGGAGAUCGAGUUCGAAAAUAGAUGUAACCCAUAAGACGAGCAACCAUGGAAGUUCAAGUAAUCUUGGAGCGGCAGAAGGAUGCAUUAUUUUGCCAAAUAUGUUAUUCUUGGCAAUCUGGAACAGAUGGCCAAUUAGAGUUCUCGAUUUAUUAAAAGAAAAUGGCGUAGAUAUAGAUAAGGAAUAUGGGAAUCUAGGCGACUUAGGUAAUUUGUUGAAGAUGUGUUUGCAAAAAUCAAAAAGUGGAAGAAGUCAGGUUAACUAUACGGAUGGGUUGCGAUGGGUAUUGGAUAAUGUACCAAAAGUAUGCGGAAAGGAGAAUUUAGAAGCAGCAAAAAAGGAUACGGAGAAAAAUAGUGAUGAAAGGAAACUGAUCAAAGAGAAGAUAGGGAAGAAGAAAAA